AUGGAUGUCCCCGUCAAGGCGGACGAGCGCGGGAUCCGAAGCUUCCGCACGGCGCCGCCCGAGUUUGCCUCUUACCACCAUGCACCGGCACCCGCUCAUGCCUAUGUUAUUCACCUUACUCUGAAAAUACACCCUGAAGAUAUUCUAUGUGUUGCGGUUACAUUCAAUACGCGUACAAUCGAUGGGAAUAAACAGCUCGAAUACACUACGCUGCUAGAACGGCGCUCGGCGCCUGUCCGCCUUCUCAAUAACAGGGUGCCAACCCUUCGGAGCGACUAUGAUGCCACUCAGUCCUUCACGAUCAUCCUCGGCGAUAUUCUCCAGCCCGACCUCCUCAAGCAGCCAUCGCUUUGUCUCGAUGGUAUCCGGAAGGAGCUUGCGCUUGAUCUGCGCAAACACGCCCGGGCGAUCGGGUUGCCCACCUCCGGGCCGCCACCGGGCGUGGUACUGAGUAUGAGCAACAAGAUGACGGCCACUGAAAGAGGCCACCAGAGGGCCGGUUGA